CCGGGGCUGAGGGGUUUUGUUGCGCCCGCUUCUUUGCGGCCGGCUCCGGGGAUCUGGGGCGGGCGGGCUGAGCAGAGCCGCAAUGGCUGCCGGGAGCGGCGCGGAGGGAGAAGCCGUCAGCGGCGCCCAGCUCAUCGCCGAGUCCCUAAAGGCACAAAAUAUUGAAUAUAUGUUUGGCAUUGUUGGUAUUCCCAUCACUGAAAUCGCAAUUGCAGCCCAAGCAAUUGGAAUAAAAUAUGUAGGAAUGAGAAAUGAACAAGCUGCCUGUUAUGCUGCCUCUGCUGUUGGAUAUUUGACUGGCAGACCAGGAGUAUGUCUUGUAGUCUCUGGUCCAGGUUUUCUACAUGCCCUUGGUGGGAUGGCAAAUGCAAACAUGAACUGCUGGCCUUUGAUUGUUAUUGGAGGCUCUUCUGACAGGAAUCAGGAAACUAUGGGAGCUUUCCAAGAAUUCCCACAGGUUGAAGCUGGUAGGCUGUACAACAAAUUAACUGUCCGUCCAAGCAGCCUAGAAAUUAUUCCUGCUGUUAUUGAAAAGGCCGUAAGGACCAGCAUAUAUGGUCGUCCAGGGUCCUGCUAUAUUGACAUACCUGGGGAUUUUGUAAGUCUUCAGGUGAAUAAGAGCUCUGUCAAGUACGUAGAAUGCUGCCUUCCACCUCCCAUCAGCAUGGCUGAGCAAUCUGCUGUAUCCAAAGCAGUGUCUAUCAUUGCUCAUUCUGAGCAGCCUCUGUUAAUCAUUGGCAAAGGUGCUGCUUAUUCGUGUGCUGAAAACAAUAUCAGAAAGUUGGUGGACCUUUGUGGGCUGCCUUUUUUGCCUACACCAAUGGCAAAAGGAGUAGUUCCUGAUAACCAUCCAAACUGCGUAGCUGCGGCAAGAUCCAUGGCAUUACAGCAUGCUGAUGUAAUCAUAUUACUUGGUGCCAGGUUGAACUGGAUUUUGCACUUUGGCCUUCCACCAAGGUUUCGACAGGAUGUAAAGGUUGUUCAGAUUGAUAUUUGUGCAGAAGAGCUGGGGAAUAAUGUGAAGCCAGCUGCAAGUUUAUUAGGUGACAUAAACACCGUGACUAAGCAGCUUUUAGAAGAAUUCAGCAAAAGACCAUGGAAAUAUCCUUCUAGUUCACAGUGGUGGAAGAGACUAAGAGAGAAAAUAAUGAACAAUGAAGAAAAAUCAAAGGAAUUAGAACUACAGAAAUCGCUGCCUAUGAAUUAUUAUACUGUCUUCUAUCACAUCAGAGAGCUGAUACCCAGGGACUGCAUUUUGGUAAGUGAGGGAGCAAACACCAUGGACAUUGGACGCACUAUGCUUCCGAACUAUCAUCCUCGUCAAAGACUGGAUGCAGGUACGUUUGGAACAAUGGGAGUCGGGCUGGGUUUUGCUAUAGCCGCUGCAAUGGUGGCUAAAGAUAGAACACCUGAGAAACGAGUAGUCUGCAUAGAAGGAGAUAGUGCUUUUGGAUUUUCUGGCAUGGAAUUGGAAACUAUUUGCAGAUACAACUUGCCAGUCCUGAUUAUUGUAGUGAACAACAAUGGGAUUUACACUGGUUUGGAUACAGAUGCCUGGAAGGAAAUAUUAAAGUUUGGAGAGCCUGCAACAUGUGUACCGCCUGUUUCUCUCCUGCCAAAUUCGCACUAUGAGCAAAUUAUGUCUGCCUUUGGAGGUAAAGGAUACUUUGUUAAAACACCAGAAGAACUGCAGAAUGCUCUGAAAGCAAGUGUGGCUGACAAGCAAACACCUUCUCUUAUAAAUGUAAUGAUUGAUCCACAGUCCGAGAGAAAGAAACAGGAAUUUCCCUGGCUGACUCGUUCUAACAUGUAACGGAAGAUGAAGAGAAUGGUGAUGCAAAGCAAUGCAUUAAGCAAAACUAAACUGGCUUCAGGGAGUGGAGCUGGUAUAGCUGUAUUUGAUAUAAACAGUGGGACAAAUUAGGAUUUAUAACUUCAUUUCAGCAUUUACAGAUUACUCUGAUAUCAGUGAUUGUAAAAUGAACAAGACACAUUUGAAUGUAUACCAGGCUUCCUAGCAGAUUGCACAGAAAUAUGGGUGAUAAAAUUGCUUACUUUUUCUUUCACUCAAAGUGCUACACAUCAAGGUUUGUGAAUUAAAGUCUUGGAUCUUGUAGAAGAAGGAACAAAGCUGAGGAGUUUACACUUUUUUGAAACCAUAAUUUCUUGGCAAUCUGUAAUUACAGUAGCUUCAUUUUUAAUUAACCAUCAUGCUACUUGUUAGCUUAACCUUUAAGGACCAAAGGUAUCUGACUGUGAGAGUGAUUGGCUUCACUGUGCAUUGAAGCCAGUUGGCAACACAAUCACUUCAUAAUUUUAGGUUGCUUUCUCAAUUGCUCUUCCAUGAAAAUGGCAGUAUAUCAAAAAUGCAAACUUUCUGAAUUUCUGUUGAUUGCAGUAAGGUUUUUUUUUAUGGUCUAUUAACUGAGACUUGUACUUGCAUGGAAAAAAUACCUAAAUUUUUGUAUUUGAAGUUUUAAUUUUUACAAAGACACUAUCACCCCUGUAGACCGAAAAUAGGACUGGCCUUAGUAAUGAGUCUUCCAGGAUUGAUAGAUUGUAAAUCUUUAUAAUCAGAGGCUUGAAAAAAGUGUUAGGCUGGAGCUAAAUGUUAGUUUGGUUGGCAUCACAAAGCAACAGCCAGCCUUCAGGCUGUGUCUGGCUAACUGAGCAGCAAAGGUUCUUCCAUAUAAUGCGUUUACUAUGUAGAAACUUUGAAAUCAGUAAGAGAACUUGCACUGACUGUGGUGCAGAACGGAUGUAGAUUGGCCUGAGGUGGUAUCUGCUCCUGCAUUUUCAUCUGUCAUUGCCUCUGACAUUCUGACUUACAGCUCUGAACUUGAAAGCAAAGCAGCUCUUUCAUCGCUUCUGUAGUAGCGUACAACAGCUACUUUUCAGUAUAGUGCUAAGCAGGUUACUUUAUAUUUCUUGUUAAAUACACUGGAAGGCUUUUUUAUUGUUACGUGUGUUCAAGGGAAAUUCUGGAUCUGAUUGAUUGACCUGUUUUGUCAGUUAUUUUGGUGAUAUUGAAUGUGAAUUGUGGAAGGCACUUGAAGGAGCCAAGGAAGAGAAGGAUUGGGUCGGUAGGCGAUCCUGGGCUGCAGUUAGGUUUGAUGCAAAAAAAAAUGGGCUUAUGGGAGGUUCUUGCACUUGUGCCUGGGUCUGACAGGAGGCCAUGGGUUACUAUUAGGCAGGGGAGUGUCUCUGCACACUUGUACAGAAAGACAGUAUCUGACAUGAGCAAGAGUACUGUGGUCUGGUGGUAAUGCUCCCCACGGUAUGGGUUGGAGUUGCUAUGUGGCAGUAUGAAUGCUUGAGCCAUUAAAAGUAAUAUCUGUAGGAAGGGUAAGAAGUACAAAAAGAUAAAACCCAUAUAAUGGAUUCAAUUCACAAAGGAGUGCAAGACCAUGGAGCUGGCAGUGUUUCUAUGUUCUGUGGAGGUCCUCUGCAAGAAAUCUAGAGUGAAAUUACACAUUGGAUCCUCUCACAGAUUUUACUUGUUUCAUUCUUUUUCAUUACAAACAAAUGAAUUUUAAUAUGUUGUAAUGAUUAAACACAAUACAUUCUAAUGAUAAAAAAUGACUGUAAGAGAUAAUGUUGGUACUGACCACAGGGGAGAUCAUUUGCUUUGGUUAAACAAAUGCAGAAAUUCUUGUUUUAUACUUGAAAAUCAAUAAAAAGUGA